UUAAAUAAUUUCUCUCCAUUCCCUCCCGAACCAAAUUCCCGCAAGACCGGUUAUCUUCCUUUUGCACUUCGUUUCACCCUCGGCGCACGUUAUACUACACCGCACCGCUCGGAGAGAGAGAGAGAGAGAUAGAGGGAGUGUAAACCGAUUAAGAAAGAAGUAGAGAAGAGAGUGUUAUUUCGGAAAUGGCGUUGGCGCGGGUAGAUCUGGACGGGAACCCGAUAAAGCCGAUGACGAUAUGCAUGAUCGGUGCCGGAGGGUUCAUAGGGUCCCACCUUUGCGAGAAGCUGAUGGCGGAGACGCCGCACAAGGUUCUUGCCCUCGACGUCUACAACGACAAGAUCAAACACCUCCUCGAGCCCGCCGGCUCGCAUCCCUGGUCCGAUCGCAUCCAGUUCCACCGCCUCAACAUCAAGAACGACUCCCGCCUCGAAGGCCUCAUUAAGAUGGCAGAUCUGACGAUAAAUCUGGCUGCGAUUUGUACUCCUGCGGACUACAACACGCGCCCACUCGACACGAUUUACAGCAAUUUCAUCGAUGCGCUCCCUGUGGUUAAGUACUGCUCAGAGAACGGCAAGCGUCUCAUUCACUUUUCUACUUGUGAGGUGUAUGGGAAAACGAUUGGGAGCUUCCUUCCUAAAGAUAGCCCUCUUCGUCAGGAUCCUGAAUAUUAUGUUCUUAAAGAAGAUGCCUCCCCAUGCAUUUUUGGUUCUAUUGAGAAGCAGAGAUGGUCCUAUGCAUGUGCAAAGCAAUUGAUUGAGAGGCUGAUUUAUGCUGAGGGUGCAGAGAAUGGUCUCGAUUUUACAAUUGUGAGGCCCUUCAACUGGAUUGGACCCAGAAUGGAUUUCAUACCUGGAAUCGACGGUCCAAGUGAGGGUGUUCCAAGGGUUCUGGCGUGCUUUAGUAAUAAUCUCCUGCGUCAUGAGCCACUCAAGCUUGUGGAUGGUGGCGAAUCCCAGAGAACUUUCAUUUAUAUAAAGGAUGCAAUCGAAGCUGUUUUGCUGAUGAUUGAAAAUCCAGCUAGGGCCAAUGGUCAAAUAUUUAAUGUUGGCAACCCUAACAACGAAGUUACAGUUAGGCAGCUUGCUGAAAUGAUGAUUGAGGUGUAUUCAAAAGUAAGUGGGGAACCAUCUCUGGAAGCACCUACUGUCGAUGUGAGCUCUCAAGAAUUUUAUGGUGUGGGAUAUGAUGAUAGCGACAAGAGAAUUCCCGACAUGACCAUAAUCAAUAGGCAACUGGGUUGGAACCCCAAGACUUCUUUGUGGGACUUGCUUGAAUCAACACUCACCUAUCAACAUAGGACGUAUGCCGAGGCGGUUAAGCAAGCCAUUGCAAAACCAGCUGCCAACUAAAAGCAAAAUGGUGUUUGGUGGCACUUAAGAAGUGGAUUCUUUCUUUAGAUUGCUGCUGUUUGGCAGGUGUUACCAUUCUUUCCAAGUCCAUCAUAAUAUAAUAUACGAUACAUUUUUUUUUUUCUCUUUCUUUCAAGUGUCGGUAGUCAAUAGCUGAAGUAGCUGAGGAAUGUGUGUUGGAUGGAUAUCUCCGGAGAAGAACUUGGAUUCUGUUAUGAACAUUUUAAUCAUACUACUACUACUGUAACUGUCAGUAAAAGCUUGGCUACGGCAUGCUGCUAGGGGCCAUUAUACAAGGAAAGCUGCUUGCUGUUUUCACUUCCUCUAUAGUGGGUAUGCUUGUCGUUCCCCUAAUUUGUCACUUUAAGGAUGUGUUGUAUUAUUUAUUAAUUUUAUGCAAUCAAUCACUUCUUUUGGUUGCCUUCCA